CGGGGCGAGCCGAGGGGAGCCGGACCCAGCCGGGAACAGCCGGGCGGAGCGGAAGGCGCCUGCUGCGUUGUCCUAGAGCUGGCCCUCGGCGGGGGGUGCCCCUGUUGGCCGGCGGACAAAGUGCGCCCGCCCUGCGCGGUCCCGGCGAUCAGGCGGCUCCUAGGACGAGUUGGGACAAGGGCGGCGCAGUACCAUGCUGAAACGGGCGGCGGCCGCUGCCAUCGGCGGAGAAACCGUCAAGGAGGUCCUAAGGGCUUACAUCCCCCAACAAAGCUCCUCUCCCCCAGUUGUGGCCGUGGGGGCUGUGCCCGUGGUGCUCAGCGCCGUGGGCUUCACCAGCGCAGGAAUCGCGGCCUCCUCCAUCGCUGCCAAGAUGAUGUCCGCUGCCGCCAUCGCCAACGGGGGUGGCAUUAGCGCGGGCAGCCUGGUGGCUAUUCUGCAGUCAGUGGGGGCAGCUGGACUCUCUACGUCAUCCAACAUCCUGCUGGGGUCUGCUGGGUCAGCUUUUGGGGCCUGGCUGGGGAAUUCGAAAAAGGUACCCCCUCCCCAUCCCCCAGUCAAACCCGGGGCUGAAGGGGACCAGUCUGCAGGAGAAAAUGCACCCCAAGUUGAACCUCCAAAAACCCCCUUCAAGUCAGAGAAAAAUGAGAAAUAAAGAUCAUGUGCUGAUAUACA